GUCUUUACCUGUAGGGGGCAGACUGGCGCCAGCACAGCGGUCCCAAUACCCGCUGCUCCAGCGGUCUCCCAGCAACACCGUGUAAAUAAUUGAGCUUUUGGCUAGCCCGUUGAAGAAUAUCGGAAAAAUGAAUGAAACACAGAUUUAACUCUUUCAUAAAUGAACGAAGCGAAGACUGUGUGAAGUGCACCAUCGGAGCAGGAUACUACAGCGCAGUUACAGAUUCCGCUCGGCUGAUGGUUGCUGGCCAGCCAAUGGGACUGUUUGACAAGUUAGUUGGGUGGCUUGGGUUAAAGAAGGAGGUGAAUGUUCUGUGUCUUGGUCUGGACAACAGUGGGAAAACCACCAUCAUCAACAGACUCAAGCCUUCCAAUGCUCAGGUACAAGACAUUGUUCCAACUAUUGGCUUCAGCAUAGAGAAGUUCAAGACGUCCAGUCUUUCCUUUACAGUCUUUGACAUGUCUGGUCAAGGCAGAUACAGAAAUCUUUGGGAGCAUUACUACAAGGAUGGUCAGGCCAUCAUUUUUGUCAUUGAUAGUGCAGACCAGCUGAGGAUGGUUGUGGCCAAGGAAGAGCUGGAGACAUUACUAAACCACCCUGACAUUAAACAUCGGCGAAUCCCCAUCCUGUUCUUUGCCAACAAGAUGGAUGUCAGAGAUGCUCUGUCUUCUGUCAGGGUCUCGCAGCUGCUCUGCUUGGACAACAUCAAAGACAAACCCUGGCACAUCUGUGCUACUGAUGCUCUGAAAGGAGAUGGUUUACAGGACGGAGUUGAAUGGUUACAAGAUCAAAUCAAAACAAUGAGGACAUGAGACCAUGAGGGGCCUCCAGCUGGAGUCGAGAACAACAUUCAAAGAGAAGGUCAACGGGUUUCCAGAGGGACUGCAACAGAUAAAUGUUUCUGACGGGACAUUUAAAUCAAUCUUGAAUGUGUCUGAGUUCAAAACUAUGAUCUAACUCUGUCGCCUAGAGGGGAAAAAUAACAUUUGGAUGCUUUAACAUUUCUUUCACUUUUCACAAGUUAUAUUGUUAUAUAAGUUAUUAUAGUAUCUGCACUUUUUAUUAUGAUUCAAUGUUAGUUUGAAACUGGGAAUUUUUAUUUAUUUCCUUUAAUAUCCCCUUUGAGCAACUUACCAAAUGUUAUAGUGUAAGCUCAUGACUCCCACACCUGUUGUACCAAUGCAGAUGCUCUAACCUUGGACUUUUUAAGGACAGGUGACUAUUUCUAUAGCAUUUUAAAUAUAUAGAGUACCAAAUGUUCUUUUGCUGUCUGUUAUUUAUAAAUUUAAAGCUUUUGUAGAUUCAUUAAACAAACCUUUCAGUCAACUUUUACAUGCAAAUGGAACAUUUAUAGGCUUUUUGUUUUGAUAAAGUAUCUGUUAAUAAUUCCAGUCAACGGCCUUUCCCGGGUUGGUAGAGAGCUACGUGUUAAUGUUGUCACUGCAGCUGAUGAAAGAAUAAAUACGUGACAUUGUAUUUUUUUAGUCCCAUUUACAGUGAAGCUAAGAUUGAAACGGCUUUAGGCGUGAUGUUGACACAACGUUGCACAUGUUUUUACUUGAGGCUAAAACACUAGCUAGUCUAGCUGCAACAGGCUACGGCGACUGUCAUUAACGAGGUAGGAUAUAAAGUUUGUUAAUAAAACUACAAAGAUACA